AUGGCUUCACUUUCUCCUCUAAGAUUUGCAGCUCCCUUUUUUCCAGCAAACUUGUAUUGUGACAACUUGUUUGCCAUCAGAAUUACUGAGAAUCCUAUAUAUCAUGCAAGGACCAAGCAUAUAGAAAUUGAUUGCCACCUCAUUCGAGAGAAAAUUCAACGUGGAAUCAUCAAUCUUAUGCCAGUCCCUUCAUCAAAACAACUGGCUGACUCCUUUACAAAGUCUCUUCCUACAACUCUGUUCCAAGCUUCCAUUUCCAAGUUGGGCAUCCAGAAUCUGGCAUAUACCAGAGCGAGCAGGGCUCGGAAGUGUGAGCUAGAAGGAUUGAAGACAUUGAUAACUCAACCAACAGAUGGAGAACUUUUGGGUUAUGUGGUCUCAUCCAUGUAUUCUGGUGUGGAACUAAGCAUGGCUUACAAAGGUCUAAUAUAUCAAUUUGACUGUGUUAAGACGUACCAUAGUGGAAUAGAUCUCUCUCUUAAUGCAUUGACAGGAAAAAUUCCAUCUGAAAUGACCCUUUUAAAAGGGUUAGCAAUGCUCAAUCUUUCGCAUAAUGCUCUAUCGGGUGAGAUCCCAAGUAAUAUAGGAGACAUGAUUGGCCUAAAACUCACUAGAUCUGAAAUUCAACAGAUGAACUUGCCAUAUAACAAUUUGAGUGGGAAAAUCCCAGCAGGGACACGAUUUAAUACCUUGUAUGGGGAUGGUUUAGCAUACACUAGGAAUGAACAUUUAUGUGGUUGUGAAAAUUUGAUCAACUGUAAUGACAAUACUUCUUCCUCUAGUGAAGAAACCGCAAGUGUGGAGGAUAGUAUAGACAGGUUGCUGUCCAUUGGAGUUGUAGUCAGUGGCUAUGGAGUAGGUUUCUGGGGAUAUUUUGGAGUUCUUUGUUUGAUAAAAGAGCAGCAUAUAAGGAGAUACUAG